UUAUUUCCAGGAGUGAUGAGACUGAGACAAGAGCCAGUCUGUCAUAAACACAAUCACAGAUGAAUGAAUCUGACGCUGCAGUGGUAUCUAGAACCGAAACUUGAUUUUUGUCAGAUGGUUAAAGCAGAGAAAUCCGGUCGAUAACCUACUGAAGACAAGGUUCGGAGAAAGUGAACCGGAUCUACAGGAAACCCGCUUCCAGAGGUCCACGGAUAUAGGCAGCACGAUUUGCACGCGUGAGGGACUGCGAGUUAUGGAUUUCCCGGGAACUGUUCUACUACUACUGUUGUGAGGUUUUCUUCUGCAUCACCUGUUCCAUAACUGUGCCAUUGAAUAUAUUAUUAGAAAUAUAUCAACUAUAGCCUAUUCUUGAUCAUGUACCAACAUAGUAAGAAGUGUUUUACCAUCGAAUCCCUUGUUGGGAAAGACGUGAACUCUUCGACUAACGGGGACGAACCGAUCAGACCUACAGCGCUGAGGUUCAUGGAAUCAAUUCACCCGGCGCCCUUUGGGAGUUGUUUCCAGAACUCCGGCAGGACUUUAUACAGCAGUCCAGACAUGAUGUUCCCUGACCCGGGCACACACACAGGGAACUCCGGUCUGCCCCUGCAUCCCCUCCAGCUUCCAUCGCAGCCUUUCUUCAACCCGCAUCAGAGAGACACGUUGAAUUUCUACCCGUGGGUUCUUCGAAACAGAUAUCUCGGUCACAGGUUCCAAGGUGAGGACAGCAGCCCAGAGAACCUGCUCCUUCAUGGGCCUUUCUCCCGCAAGCCGAAGCGCAUCCGGACAGCCUUCUCGCCCUCACAGCUCCUCAGGCUGGAGAGGGCCUUUGAGAAGAACCACUAUGUGGUGGGAGCAGAGCGGAAGCAGCUCGCCAGCGGCCUCUGCCUCACCGAGACACAGGUAAAGGUUUGGUUCCAGAACAGGAGGACGAAGCACAAGAGACAGAAGCUGGAGGAAGAGUCACCUGAGUCUCAGCAGAAGAGGAAAGGAAGCCAGCACGUCAGCCGCUGGAGGGUCGCUACGCACCAAGGCAGUAGCCUCGAGGACAUCGAUGUCAUCUCAGAGGACUGACUGCUGGCUGAGGAAAGGAAGCCAGCACGUCAGCCGCUGGAGGGUGGCUACGCACCAAGGCAGUAGCCUCGAGGACAUCGAUGUCAUCUCGGAGGACUGACGUACGUCGUUGUCACCGCCAUUGAACCGUCAUAAAUCAUUCAACAUGAACGACUGCUGACUGACUUGUGUCUGAAUAGGAGCAGUCUGUGUGCUCCUCUGAACACCUGAUUUGAUUUGACCUUUGAUACCACCUGUUGUUAAAUCAAACAGAUGAACAGCUUUAAUGAAAACAAUCAGAAUGACUUCUUCAUGAUGGACAGAAGAACUCUUGUUUGAUCGUUAAAGAGACAAAUCUGACAUUUUGUAGCUGAAGGGUUUUUGACCCAAGUGUAUCACGUUAUUACACAGCUGCGGCUGCUGUCAACGUGGUGGACAUCUGCAUUUGGUCUAUGUUGCUUGCCGUAGUAAGCACAAACUACUGAAGAGAGACCGUUUGACUUGGAGGAGUUGUUCAGUACAGUUGGUUACUCUAUUGUCUAACUAUCCAUACUCACAUUUAACAAAACAUCAUUAUUGUUUUAACGUUUUCAGUUUGUUGAUGUGUAUUUGUACAAUGCUCAAUAUGCACAAUAUGUUUGUGGUAAAAAUAAAUAAGCCAUUGGUAUGAUAGCUAUAGAGGAACCACCUUAGAACCUGCUGAUUCUGUUUCGGAUUUGGUUUUUUCCUUAAUUAUAGUCUUUAGACCAGUCCCACUGAAAUGUAGGUAACCACCACUACAGACAAUAAGUCAUACCGAUGCCAUGUUACCCCGAGAUAUGUUUUUCGAUUCUCACAUUGGAUUAGUUUGGACAAUUUAAAUUGUAAGUAUUUAUGCAAAUCUAAAAAACGGUAUUCUAUGCAUCGUUUGUCCUUGUUUUGUUUCCUCUGGAUUUAAAAAAGGCUGUGUUUGUCGAGUUUGUUACUUACUUUAAAUUCAUUCCACGUUUGCUUUUGCCUUUGACAAAAUAUUUGAUAAAUUAUAUUGAGACCAUGUAGAAUGUACAGUGCAGGCACAUUAUAACUUGUCCACAAGAAUGACAAGAAAAACAAAUGUUCCUCAAUACUACAUUUAUUUCAGCAACAUUACCAUUCCUGAGAUAUAAUGUUAUGUAGCACUUCGUAGUGGAAUAUACAUUUGCAUUUGUUUUAAAUAGAUUAGAAAUAAUGCACUGUAAGUAGGAAUCUUUCUUUGAACCUAUUUCUCCGGAGAGUGAACGUUUUUUGUACUUUCUGUGUGUGAUCAGAUGACUUUGGAAAAUAAAAACA